CUCGGGCCGGGAGGGGAGGACGUGUGACCUCCAGCGGCCCCCCCCGGGCCCCACCGCGUCCCGGCCUCAGGGAUCAGUUGAAGGGCAGGCUCCGACCCAGGGCCCUGACUUCCCGUCGCUGAGUGCUCCCCGCUCCCGCCUACCCUGCCGGGGCCGCGUAUCUCCCAGAGACGGGCUCCUCCCCGACAGCCCCGCGCUCACCGAGGGGGACCUGGCUCCCGUCAGAAGCUCCGUGGCCCCGGCUCGCUCCGACCCCGGCCCUCCCGGCUAGGCGAAAGCAAGAUGGUGGCCGAGACCCAACGUUACGGAGAAGGAUGCCCGGGUCCUGGGAAGGUUCCAGACACCCUGGCUUCCACUCCUCUGGUUCUGGCUCCGAGCCUCAGGGCUCAGAGCGGGAGGGAGGCAGAAGAAGCAGGAAGGCGAGGGAGAGAAGGGGAUCGGAGAAAGGAGGAGCCGAGCAGGUGGGAGUAGGACCUGGAGCACGGGGGAGAGUUGGCUGCCACGCUCCCUCUUUCUCCGUUGUCAUCACCGAGACAGAGGGACGUGCCCUGGGGAGCCCCUGCCCUCGGGGGGCUUAGUGGGCCGAUCCCAGGAGUCCCCAGGAGCCCCCGGACACCCCCACCCCAGCGGGAGCCUUCCCGCUUCUCCAGAUCCGGGGCAGGACAGGUGCGGAGACUCACCGGCCCGGAUUCACUCCGCCUCCUUCGGGACCCCCAGGCCUAUGCCUGCCGGGCCCGCCGGGCCCCCGGUCGUCGACUGACUGAGAGCGGCGCCAGAGCGAUGCCCCCCGGCGCGCCCCUGGCCCCGGCCCUGGCCCUCCUGGCACUGCUGGGGAUGGCGGGAGCCGGGCCCUUCCCCCCCCGCGGCAACGGGUCGGCCCCGGCCCCGCGUCCCCCUCCGCGACCGGGGAGCCGGGCGGGGGCCUCGGCCCCCCAACUGUACGAACACACGGUGGAGGGCGGGGAGAAGCAGGUGGUCUUCACCCACCGCAUCAACCUGCCCCCCGGGGCGGGCUGCGGCUGCCCCCCGGGCACGGAGCCCCCCGCCUCGGGCGCGGAGGUGCGGGCCCUGCAGGCCCGGCUGGAGGCCCUGGAAGAGCUGGUCAGAGGGCUCAGGGAGCAGUGCGCCGGGGGCUGCUGCCAGCCUGGCGUCGCCCAGGCCGGGACCGGCCAGACGGACGUCCGGACCCUGUGCAGCCUCCACGGCGUGUUCGACCUGAGCCGCUGCGCCUGCGCCUGCGAGCCGGGCUGGGCGGGGACCACCUGCUCGGAGCCCGUCGGGGCCCGGCCCCCGGCCCCCGGCCCCUCCCGGCCGUCCCCCUCCUCCGGCCUGUCCUCGCCCUCCUCCUGCCCCGACGACUGCAACGACCAGGGCCGCUGCGUCCAGGGCCGCUGCCAGUGCUUCCCCGGCUACUCGGGCCCCGCCUGCGACCACCCGGCCUGCCCCGGGGACUGUAACCGGCACGGCCGCUGCCAGGCCGGACGCUGCGUCUGCGAUCCCGGCUACUCGGGCGACGACUGCGGGGCCAGGAGCUGCCCGGGGGACUGCCGCGGCCGCGGCCGCUGCCAGGACGGGCGCUGCGUCUGCCGGCCGGGCUACACGGGCGAGGACUGCGGGAGCCGGGCCUGCCCGCGGGGCUGCAGCCAGCGGGGCCGCUGCCAGGACGGACGCUGCGUCUGCGACCCGGGCUUCGCGGGCGACGACUGUGCCCAGCGGGGCUGCCCGCGGGACUGCAGCCAGCGGGGCCGCUGCCAGGACGGGCGCUGCCUCUGCCACCCGGGCUACGCGGGCGAGGACUGCGCCCAGCGGACCUGCCCGGGAGACUGCAGCCAGCGGGGCCUGUGCCGGGACGGACGCUGCGUCUGCGACCCGGGCUACGCGGGCGAGGACUGCGCCCAGCGGAGCUGCCCGCGGGACUGUAGCCAGCGGGGCCAGUGCCGGGACGGGAGCUGCGUCUGCGACCCGGGCUACGCGGGCGAGGACUGCGCCCAGCGGAGCUGCCCGCGGGACUGUAGCCAGCGGGGCCAGUGCCGGGACGGGAGCUGCGUCUGCGACCUGGGCUACGAGGGCGAGGACUGCGCCCAGCGGAGCUGCCCGCGGGGCUGCAGCCAGCGGGGCCGCUGCCGGGACGGGCGCUGCGUCUGCCACCCGGGCUACGCGGGCGAGGACUGCGGGACCCGCACCUGCCCCCUCGGCUGCCGGGGCCGCGGGCGCUGCCGGGCCGGGGUCUGCGUCUGCGACCCGGGCUUCACGGGCGAGGACUGCGGGACGAGGAGCUGCCCGGGGGACUGCCGGGGCCGCGGCCGCUGCGAGGACGGGCGCUGCGUGUGCUGGCCGGGCUACGCGGGCGAGGACUGCGGCUCCCGGAGCUGCCCCCACGACUGUCGGGACCACGGGCGCUGCCGGGACGGGCGCUGCGUGUGUGAUGCCGGCUACACGGGUGAGGACUGCGGGUCGAGGAGCUGCCCUGGCGACUGUAACCGGCGGGGACUCUGCCGGGACGGACGCUGCGUCUGCGACCCGGGCUACGCGGGCGAGGACUGUGGCACCCAGAGCUGUCCCCACGACUGCCGGGGCCGCGGGCGCUGCCAAGCCGGGCGCUGCGUGUGCGAUCCCGGCUACGUGGGCGAGGACUGUGGGACGAGGAGCUGCCCGGGCGACUGUAACCGACGGGGCCUCUGCCAGGACGGGCGCUGCGUGUGUGAGCCGGGCUACAGCGGGCCGGCUUGCGGCACCCAGAGCUGCCCCCACGACUGUCGGGGCCGCGGGCGCUGCGUCCAGGGCACCUGCGUAUGCCAGGAGGGCUACGGCGGCGCCGACUGCGGGCGGGAGGAGCCGGUCGGGGCGGGCCAGGGCUGCCCGGGGGGCUGUGGGCCACGUGAGUUGUGCCAGGCCGGCCGCUGCGUCUGCGUGGAAGGCUUCCGCGGGCCCGACUGCGCCAUCCAGACGUGCCCCGCCGACUGCCGGGGCCGCGGCCGCUGCCGCCAGGGGAUCUGCGUCUGCCAGGAGGGCUUCGCCGGCCAGGACUGCGGAGAAGAGAUCCCCCAGGUGGAAGGGGUGAGAGUUCACCUACUGGAGGAGACGACGGUGAGGACCGAAUGGACCCGGGCCCCGGGGCCCGUGGACGCCUACGAGAUUCAGUUCACCCCCACGACGGAGGGGAUGGGACCCCCCUUCUCAGCCCGCGUGUCCGGCUCGGCCUCGGCCUUCGACCAUAGUGGACUGGCCCCGGGACAAGAAUACAACGUCGCAGUCCGUGCCCUGAGGGGACCCAGCCGGGGCCCGCCCGCCUCCCAGACCAUCACCACCAUGAUCGACGGGCCCACCGACCUGCGGGUGACGGACGUGACCCCGACCACGCUGCGGCUGGCCUGGCUGCGGCCCCGGGCCGAGGUGGACCGCUUCGUCGUCUCCUACGUGAGCGCCGGCAACCAGCGGGUGCGGCUGGACGUGCCGCCCGACCAGGAGGGGGUCCUGCUGGAGGACCUGAUGCCCGGCGUGGAGUACGUGGUCACCGUCACCGCCGAGAGAGGCCGGGCCGUCAGCUACCCGGCCUCCGUCAGGGCCAACACAGGCUUCUCCAGUGCCACGGACCAGCCCCCGCCCCCGGGGCUGCCCCCCCCGCCCACCACGCAGGGGGUGGCGAACACCCCGGUGGAGCGCUGGGGGCUGCUGGGGGAGCUGAACGUGACGGACGCGGGGGCCGGCCUACUGCGGGUCACCUGGGUGGCCCGGCCGGAGACCUUCGACCGCUUCUUGCUGCAGCAGUGGGUGGCGGGGGUGCCCGGGCCCCGCGAGGAGACGGUGCCCGGCCAGGUCCGCGAGGCCCUCCUGCCCGCCCCCGGCACCGACUACGAGCUGCACCUGUCCGGGGUGUCUCCCGAGGGCCGGAGCACCGCCCCGCUCGUCUACCGGAACCGCACAGCUCCGGCAAGGGGAGAAACCCCUAAGACCCCCCGCCUCGGGGAGCUGCGGGUGUCGGACGUGACCCCGGACUCGCUGCGCCUCUCCUGGACGGUCCCCGAGGGCCGCUUCGACUCCUUCCUGGUCCAGUACAAGGACGCCAAGGGGAGGCCCCAGGCGGUGCCCGUGGAGGGGCCCGAGCGCUCGGUCACCGUCUCCCCGCUGGACCCCGCCCGCAAGUACAAGUUCAACCUCUUCGGCCUCCUGGGCAAGAAGCGCGUCGGCCCCAUCUCCGCCGAAGCCAAGACCGCUGCCCAGAAGGAUCCUGGCCCGGGGGCCCUGGGCCGCCUCGGGGAGCUGCGGGUGUCGGACCCGACCCCGGACUCGCUGCGCCUCUCCUGGACGGUCCCCGAGGGCCGCUUCGACUCCUUCCUGGUCCAGUACAAGGACGCCAAGGGGCGGCCCCAGGCGGUGCCCGUGGAGGGGCCCGAGCGCUCGGUCACCGUCUCCCCGCUGGACCCCGCCCGCAAGUACAAGUUCAACCUCUUCGGGUUCCUGGGCAAGAAGCGCGUCGGCCCCAUCUCCGCCGACGGAACCACGGCCCCCCGAGGCGAAGCGACCCCAACCCUCCGGGCCCCGGAGCCCCGCCUGGGUGAGCUGCGGGUGUCGGACCCGACCCCGGACUCGCUGCGCCUCUCCUGGACGGUCCCCGAGGGCCGCUUCGACUCCUUCCUCGUUCAGUACAAGGACGCCAAGGGGCGGCCCCGGGCGGUGCCCGUGGAGGGGCCCGAGCGCUCGGUCACCGUCUCCCCGCUGGACCCCGCCCGCAAGUACAAGUUCAACCUCUUCGGGCUCCUGGGCAAGAAGCGCGUCGGCCCCAUCUCCGCCGACGGCACCACCGCCCCUCAAGAGGAAGAGACCCCAGCCACACAGGCCCCGGAACCUCCCCGCCUCGGUGAGCUGUCGGUGUCGGAUGAGACCGCGGACUCCCUGCGCCUCUCCUGGACGGUCCCCGAGGGCCACUUCGACGCUUUCGUCAUCCAAUAUAAAGACUCGAAUGGGCGGCCCCAGACGGUGCGGGUCGGGGGAGACCAGACCGAGGUCUCCGUCUCCGGCCUGGAGCCCGACAGGAAGUACAAGAUGAACGUCUAUGGGCUCCACGGCCAAGAGCGCGUGGGCCCCGUCUCUGUCGUCGGAGAGACAGCCCCCAGAGAUGAGGAACUACUGACUUCCGAGCCUCCCACGGAGCCCCCCUCCGAGCCCCGUCUGGGGGAGCUGUCGGUGACGGACGAGACCCCAGACUCCCUGAGCCUCUCCUGGACGGUCCCCGAGGGCCGCUUCGACUCCUUCGUGGUCAUGUAUCAGGACGCGGACGGGCGGCCCCAGACGGUGCGGGUCGGGGGCGACCAGACCGAGGUCACCGUCUCCGGCCUGGAGCCCGACAGGAAGUACAAGCUGAACCUCUUCGGCCUCCAAGGCAAACAACGCGUGGGCCCCGUCUCCGUCGUCACCUCAACGGCCCCCCUCCCGGCGGGGCCCAGCUCAGAGGAAGAAGAAGAAGCCACAGUGGCAGCCACUGAGGCCCCAGAGCCCCCCCGGCUCGGGGAGCUGUCGGUGUCGGAAGCGACCCCGGACUCCCUGCGCCUGUCCUGGACGGUGCCCCGGGGCCACUUCGACUCCUUCGUGGCCCAGUACAAAGACCGGGACGGGCGGCCCCGGGCCACGCCGGUAGGGGGUGACCAGAGGGAGGUCACCCUCUCUGGCCUCGAACCCAACAGGAAGUACAAAUUCCUCCUCUUCGGACUGCACGGGGGGAAGCGCCACGGCCCCAUCACCGCCGAUGCCAAGACCCCCCGAGUUGAGGAGAAGCCAGCGGCCCUAGGUGAGCUCUGGGUGUCGGACCCCACCCCGGACUCGCUGCGCCUCUCCUGGACGGUCCCCGAGGGCCGCUUCGACUCCUUCCUGAUCCAGUACAAGGACGCCAAGGGGCGGCCCCAGGCGGUGCCCGUGGAGGGGCCCGAACGCUCGGUCACCGUCUCCCCGCUGGACCCCGCCCGCAAGUACAAGUUCAACCUCUUCGGGCUCCUGGGCAAGAAGCGCGUGGGCCCCAUCUCCGCCGACGGAAUGACCGCCCCGGCGGCCGAGACGGAGGAGGAGGGAGUGACUCCGCCGAGGACCCCGGGGCCCGUGGCCACCGCCCCUCCGGCCCCUGCUCCCAGGCCCCGCCUGGGGGAUGAGCUGAGAGUAUCAGACGAGACCCCGGACUCCCUGCGCCUCUCCUGGACGGUCCCCGAGGGCCGCUUCGACUCCUUCCUGGUCCAGUACCAGGAUGGGGAUGGGGGGCUCCAGGAGGUGCCGGUUGGGGGCGACCAGACCGAGGUGACCAUCUCUGACCUGGAGCCCAAAACGGCGUACACGUUCCUGCUCCGCGGGCUGUCCGGGGAGGAGUUGGUCGACUCCAUCUCUGCUCUGGGCGAGACGGGCCACCUUCCUUCGACUCCGACCUCUAUGGUCCGGGCCCCCACCGAAGCACCGGUGCCCCCCGCGGAGCCCCGCCUGGGGCCACUGGUGGUGGUGGACGAGACCCCGGACUCCUUGCGCCUCUCCUGGACGGUCCCCGAGGGCCGCUUCGACUCCUUCGUCAUCCAGUACAAGAAUGGGGACGGGCGGCCCCAGGCGGUGCGGGUCACGGGUGACCGGACCGAGGUCACCGUCUCCGGCCUGGAGCCCGAACACAAAUACAAGCUGAACCUCUACGGCCUCCGUGGCAGACAGCGUGUGGGCCCGGCCUCCGUGGUUGGAGUGACAGCCCCCGGAGACGAGGAAAUGCUGACCUCCGAGCCCCCCACAGAGCCCCUCACGGAGCCUCCUUCGAAGCCCCACCUAGGGGAGCCUUGGGUGACGGACGUGACCCCGGACUCCCUGCGCCUCUCCUGGACGGUCCCCGAGGGCCGCUUCGACUCCUUCCUGGUCCAGUACAAGGACGCGGACGGGCGGCCCCAGGCGGUGCGGGUCGGGGGAGACCAGACCGAGGUCACCGUCUCCGGCCUGGAGCCCGAACAUAAAUAUAAGCUGAACCUCUACGGUCUCCAUGGGAAACAGCGAGUGGGCCCCAUCCCCGUGGUUGGGGUGACAGCCCCCAGAGAUGAGGAACCGCCGACGCCCGAGCCCACCGCAGAACCCCGCCUGGGGGAGCCGUCGGUGACGGACGUGACCCCGGACUCCCUGCGCCUCUCCUGGACGGUCCCCGAGGGUCGCUUCGACUCCUUCCUGGUCCAGUACAAGGACGCGGACGGGCGGCCCCAGGCGGUGCGGGUCGGGGGAGACCAGACCGAGGUCACCGUCUCCGGCCUGGAGCCCGACCGCAAGUACAAGCUGAACCUCUACGGCCUCCGUGGCAGACAGCGAGUGGGCCCCAUGUCGGUGGUUGGGGUGACAGCCCCCGGAGAUGAGGGACUGCUGACCUCCGAGCCCACUACAGAGCCUCCUACCGAACCCCCCUCCGAGCCCCGCCUAGGGGAGCCGUCGGUGACGGACGUGACCCCGGACUCCCUGAGCCUCUCCUGGACGGUCCCCGAGGGCCGCUUCGACUCCUUCCUGGUCCAGUACAAGGACGCGGACGGGCGGCCCCAGGCGGUGCGGGUCGGGGGAGACCAGACCGAGGUCACCGUCUCCGGCCUGGAGCCCGACCGCAAGUACAAGCUGAACCUCUACGGCCUCCGUGGCAGACAGCGAGUGGGCCCCAUGUCGGUGGUUGGGGUGACAGCCCCCGGAGAUGAGGGACUGCUGACCUCCGAGCCCACUACAGAGCCUCCUACCGAACCCCCCUCCGAGCCCCGCCUAGGGGAGCUGUCGGUGACGGACGUGACCCCGGACUCCCUGAGCCUCUCCUGGACGGUCCACGAGGGCCCCUUCGACUCCUUUGUGGUCCAGUAUGAGGACACGGACCGGCAGCCCCGGACGGUGCGGGUCAGGGGAGACCAGACCGAGCUCACCGUCUCCGGCCUGGAGCCCGACAGGAAGUACACGAUGAACCUCUAUGGCCUCCACGGCCCAGAGCGCGUGGGUCCCGUCUCCGUCGUCGGAGAGACAGCUCCACAGGAAGAGAUUCCCUCCCCGGCGCCCCGCCUGGGACAGCUCUUGGUCUCGGACAAGACGCCAGACUCCCUGAGCCUCUCCUGGACGGUCCCAGAAGGCCGGUUUGACUCCUUCGUCAUCCAGUAUAAGGGGAGGGACGGACGGCCCCAGGCGGUCCCCGUGGCCGGCGACCGGACCGAGGUCACCGUCUCCGGCCUGGAGCCCAGCAAGAAGUAUAAGAUGAAUCUCUUCGGGUUCCUGGGUAAACAACGCGUGGGCCCUGUGUCCGCGGUCGGAGUGACGGAAGAAGAAGAAGAGACUCAAACAUCCCCAGCCCCAGCCCCCUACGAAGCCCCAGAGCCCCCUACGAAGCCCCGCCUGGGGGAGGUGUCGGUGACGGACGAGACCCCGGACUCGCUGCGCCUCUCCUGGACGGUCCCCGAGGGCCGCUUCGACUCCUUCCUGGUCCAGUACAAGGACCGGGACGGGCGACCUCAGGCGGUGCCCGUCGGGGGAGACCAGACCGAGGUCACCGUCUCCGGCCUGGAGCCCGACCGCAAGUACAAGAUGAACCUCUACGGCCUCCACGACAAACAGCGCGUGGGCCCCGUCUCCGUCGUCGGAGAGACCGCCCCACUUCAGAAAGUGCCCGCACCCCCAGCGAAACCCCGCCUGGGGGAGGUGUCGGUGACGGACGAGACCCCGGACUCGCUGCGCCUCUCCUGGACGGUCCCCGAGGGCCGCUUCGACUCCUUCCUGGUCCGGUACCGCGACGCGGACGGGCGGCCCCAGACGGUGCCCGUCGGAAGCGACCAGACCGAGGUCACCGUCUCCGGCCUGGAGCCCGACCAGACGUAUGAGAUGCACUUCUACGGUCUCCAUGGCGACGAGCGCGUGGGCCCCGUCUCCGUGGUAGGAGUGACGGCCCCGCAAGAACGGAAGACCCCGACCACGGAGGCCCCGGAGCCCCCCGCGAAACCCCGCCUGGGGGAGCCGUCGGUGACGGACGUGACCCCGGACUCGCUGCGCCUCUCCUGGACGGUCCCCGAGGGCCGCUUCGACUCCUUCCUGGUCCAGUACAAGGACGCGGACGGGCGGCCCCAGGCGGUGCGGGUCGGGGGCGACCAGACCGAGGUCACCGUCUCCGGCCUGGAGCCCGAUCGGAAGUACAAGAUGAACCUGUUCGGGUUGCGUGGGAAACAGCGCGUGGGACCAGCCUCCGUAGUGGGUGUGACAGCCCCUCAAGAGGAGGAGACUCCGACCACCAUCAGGGUCCCAGAGCCCCGCCUGGGGGAGCUGUCGGUGACGGACGAGACCCCGGACUCGCUGCGCCUCUCCUGGACGGUCCCCGAGGGCCGCUUCGACUCCUUCCUGGUCCAGUACAAGGACCGGGACGGGCGACCCCAGGCGGUGCCCGUCGGGGGAGACCGGACCGAGGUCACCGUCUCCGGCCUGGACCCCAACAGGAAGUACAAGUUCCUCCUGUUUGGACUCUCCGGUGGGAAACGCCGAGGCCCCGUCGCGGCAGACGCCAAGACCCUUCCAGCCUCGAAACCCUCGCCCCGCCUGGGGGAGAUGUCGGUAUCUGACGCUACUCCGGACUCCCUGCGUCUCUCCUGGACGGUCCCCGAGGGCCACUUCGACUCCUUCCUGGUCCAGUACAAGGACGCGGGUGGGCGGCCCCAGGUGGUACGAGUAGGGGGAGACCGGACCGAGGUCACCGUCUCCGGCCUGGAGCCGGCCAGGAAGUACCGGUUCCUCCUCCACGGGCUCUCCGGCAAGAAGCGCCUGGGCUCCAUCACCGCGGACGGCACCACCGUGGCCAUGGAUGUGGAGCCCACCCGCCCAGCCCCAGAGCCCCGCCUGGGGGAGCUGUCGGUGACGGACGAGACCCCAGUCUCGCUGCGCCUCUCCUGGACGGUCCCCGAGGGCCGCUUCGACUCCUUCCUGGUCCAGUACAGGGACGGAGACGGGCGGCCCCGGGAGGUGCCCAUCAGGGGAGACCAGACCGAGGUCACGGUGGCCGACCUGGAGCCUGACAGGAAGUACGAGUUCUUCCUCUACGGGCUGCGGGGCGGGAAGCGCCUCGGCCCCGUCGAUGCCGUUGGUGAGACAGCCCCCCGAGAGGAAGAAGAGGAGGAGGAGCCCCCGACCCCUCUGACAGUCACCGAGCCCCCGGCCCCCAGCGUCGAGCCCCGCCUGGGGGAGCUGUCGGUGUCGGACGUGACCCCGGACUCGCUGCGCCUCUCCUGGACGGUUCCCGAGGGCCGCUUCGACUCCUUCCUGGUGCAGCACAAGGACCGUUACGGGCGGCCGCGCACGACGUCAGUCGGAGGAGACCAGACCGAGGUCACUGUCUCCGACCUGGAACCCGACAGCAUGUACAAGUUCCUCGUCUUCGGGCUCCGCGGCAGGCGACGCUUCGGACCCAUCUCCGCCGACGCUGCCACAGAGCCGGCCCCGGUCGGGGAGUUCGAAGGUCACCUGUCGCACCUGGUGGUGUCGGACGUGACCACGAGCUCCCUUCGUCUGAGCUGGGAAGCCCCGCCGGACAGCUUCGACGCCUUCGUGCUGCGCUACGGGGCCCCGCUGCCCGGCCUGCUGGAGCCGCCCCCGCUGCUGCGCGAGCAGAAGGUCCCGGGAUCACGGCGCACAACCGUCCUCAGGGACCUGAGGCCCGGCACCCUCUACACCCUCUCCCUGGAUGGCCUGCGCCAGAACAUCAAGGCCGACACCCUCCGGGGCUCCACCCGCACGCUCAGCCCAGUGCUGGAGAGCCCCAGAGACCUCAAGUUCAGCGACGUCGGAGAGAGCUCCGCCAAGGUCUCCUGGACGCUGCCCCCGACCCGCGUCGAACGCUUCAAGAUCUCCUACCAGCUGGCCGACGGAGGGGAGCCCCUGAGCGUGAUGGUGGACGGGCUGCGCCGCGAGGAGCGGCUGACGGGGCUGGUGCCCGGGGCCCGCUACGAGGUGACCGUGGUGUCCGUGCGUGGCUUCGAGGAGAGCGAGCCCCUCACCGGCUUCCUCGUCACCGUCCCCGACGGCCCCACGCAGCUGCGGGCGCUGAACGUGACAGACGGCGCCGCCCUGCUGCAGUGGCGUCCCCCCGAGGCCCCGGUGGACGGAUACGACGUGCGGGUGACGGCCCCCAAGGCCCCGCCCCACACGGCGUCGGUCCCCGGCAGCUCGGUGUCCUACCCGCUGCACGACCUCCGGCUCCAGACCAACUACACGGCCACGGUCCGCGGCCUCCGCGGCCCCAACGUCACGUCCCCGGCCAAAGUCACCUUCACCACCGGACUCAACGGCCCCCAGGACCUGCGGGCCCUGGAGGUGAAGCCUCGCUCGGCGCUGCUCACCUGGACCGAGCCCCAGCCCCCACCCACCGGCUACCUCCUCGGCUACGACGCCCCCGGAGGGCAGACCCAGGAGGUGCUGCUCCCCGGCGGGGUGACCGCCCACCGCCUCGGGGGCCUCUACCCCGCCACCCAGUACAGCGUCCGCCUGCAGGCCGUGCGCGGCGACAGCCUGACGCCGCCCGUGCCCGCCGUCUUCACCACGGGCGGCCUGAAGGUCCCCUUCCCCCGGGACUGCGGGGAGGAGAUGCAGAACGGGCCCGCCCGCUCCCGCCACGCCACCGUCUUCCUCAACGGCAACCGCGAGCGACCCCUCGAAGUCUUCUGCGACAUGGAGACCGACGGGGGCGGCUGGCUGGUGUUCCAGCGGCGCACGGACGGCCACACGGACUUCUGGAGGGACUGGGCGGACUACGCUCAGGGCUUCGGGAACCUGUCCGGAGAGUUCUGGCUGGGGAACGAAGCCCUGCACAACCUGACCCAGGCCGGGGAUUACUCGAUGCGGGUGGACCUGCGCGCCGGGGACGAGGCCGUCUUCGCCGAGUACGACAGCUUCAGCGUGGCCGCCGGCUCCCAGUACUACCGCCUCCACUUGGAGGGCUACCACGGCACCGCGGGGGACUCCAUGAGUUACCACAGCGGGAGCGUCUUCUCCACGCGGGACCGGGACCCCAACAAUCUGCUCAUCCCCUGCGCCAUCUCGUACCACGGGGGCUGGUGGUAUCGCAACUGCCACUACGCCAACCUCAACGGGCUCUACGGCAGCAGCGUCGACCACCAGGGCGUCAGCUGGCACUCCUGGAAGGGGUUCGAGUUCUCCGUGCCUUUCACCGAGAUGAAGAUGAGGCCCCGGGGCUACCUCCCGCCUUCGCGGGGGGCCUGAGCCCUCGGCCUCCCGACCCGGGGGCGCAGCACAGAGGGCGGCCCGGCCCUCAGAGCUCCCGGGACGGGCAAGGGCCGCCCCCGCGCUCCGCACC